CCAGAACCUGCAAGUCUAUUUAUCGACGGUCAAGGAUGGUUCAACUUCUUUCCAAAAUUCGAAAAUCUGAAUCAUGGCUCAGGAAUGUCAAUUCUUUUCAAAACGAAGGAACCGAACUCCUUACUUUUAUAUGCUGAACCCUCAGAUGUGGAUAACCACGCACUUUUGAUAAUCUUAUCGAAUGGUUCGAUAGAAUUUCAACUGCGAUCACCAAAUUCACCAAAUUUGGUUACACUUCAAAAACGCCAUACCUGUGAAUCUCCUUACGGUGCGUGUUCCGACAACACCUGGCACCACUUAUCAUUCUCUUACAACAGAAUUCGAAUAUUCUAUCAGAACGAUAAGGACUUUACAGAUCUCAUCAAUUUGGUGGGAAUAAACAACUCUAGCAAACGAUCGGAGGUUGGGAGAGAGAUUGGAGACAUAAAGUACAAGUCAAUAUCAUUCCAGACAUUUUCCGUAAAGACAAAGCGCGACAUGCAUCCCGGUAGGAAUUCGGGAACAGUGGUCACGUUUAAGCGACCUGGUGGUUACCUACGAUCCCAGAGAGGUUGGCAAACUGUCUCGACUGGAAAAAUAAGCUUUCAAGUUCGCACUUUAAAACACAACAGCCUAAUUCUCUUUUCAUCAUCCGGGUGGCCAAGAGGUGAGAAAAAGUUUGCAAUGCCUCGCGAUGGUCCGAUCCAACCCGUCAAUCCUGUGGAUCGAUUAACUGGAAAUGAUAUCUUUGGCGCGGAAGUACGUGAGGGCUACUUAGUCAUGCUUCUCAAUACCGGUUCUGGAAUAAAUGAAUUUUCCACUGGAAGCAUUUGGCGAGGGGAUCAGCAUAAGAGCAGAUGGUUUAUUGCAGACGGUGUUAAGCAUUCGGUGGAAAUUCAACUCAGCAAUGGAUCUCUAUCCGUUACAUUAGAUGGAAACACGCUUAAUAUGAGACCGAAAGCAAAACCAAAGUAUACUGUGCUCAAUUUGAAUGGCAAUCUUUACAUUGGUGGGUUGCCAGAAGAAUUAAGGGAUGAAACACCACCGCAGGCCUGGUCCGCAAGACUUCGAGAGGAUUUUGUCGGAGAGCUUGGCUCCCUUUCAAUCGAUGGAGAAAUUCUGGAUCUCGUCCUAGAAUCAAAAGCCCGUUGGGCUAAGGGAUAUGUUCAGCCACAGGAUCGCGAUACAAGUGACUUCGGUGAUAUUUGCUCGAAAACGGAAAAUCCUUGUGGUUCGGGCCAGUGUAUUCAAGAUUCCUGGACCGAGCCCCUAUGCGAUUGUAUUCAUACGAAUUAUACCGGACCUCGAUGUAGUGAAAAAGUAACUAUGCUCGUUUUCAAUGGAUUUCAAGGAAUUGGGAUUCGCUUAUCUCACCUACCCAAGCAAUCUGAAGCUGAGAGUUUAGCCCUUCGACUUCAAACCUAUCAGAAGAAUGCUCUCCUCUUUGAGAGCAGUAGUACAUCAUCCACAGCUCCUGAUCGAUUCGGUGUUGAGAUUGUUGAUAGACAACUUGUCAUAUUCUAUAACCUCGGUUUUGAAACGAAGAGAUAUGCAACAGCCGAGAUUGAAGCAAACGGUGAAUGGCAUACCCUCCGACUUCUACGAAGGUCAAAAGAGUUAAAAAUCGAUGUUGAUAAUGUCACGUAUAAUUUCGGUAUGUAA